AUGACAAAAGUUUUAUUUAUCAAUAAUGUACCUUUCGAAGCAAAUGCAGAUAUCUUGGUUGAUUCACUAGAACCACACAUUAUAGGAAAAGUGAUUAGAUGUGAAUUGGGUGAAAAUAAACAUCCUGGGAACUCUCGAUAUCAUAAUGGUGGCUAUGCUUAUGUCACACUAGAAAAUGAUGAUGCCGCAGAUGACUUGCUAGGAAAAAAUGAUUUUUACCAAAUAUAUUGCAUGAAUAGAAAAUUAACGAUAGAAGAAUCUAAAAGCAAAAAAAAAACGACUAUCGAGCUUGGAAACUGGGCAGGUCAACUGCCGUUAUCUGAUCAUGGGAAACGUGGAAAGUAUCGGAUACAAACUAAAAGAUGGACAUUCCUAUGCGAUUGGAUAUAUCCCAGUUAUUAUUCUACACCCACCUUAUACAUAUCUAAUGAAUCUGAAGCUCUUCUUUUAGAUGGAUUUACUUCUUCACAUAUUGAAUCCAGCGAGAAGAGACGAAUUCAAAUACCGUUCCGCUGUUUAGAAUCCUAUCGAGGAAUCCUGCUAGACGAGCGAGAUCGCGGAAAUGGUUACAUUUCUUUAUAUAUCUCGCUUAAAUGUUCUCCAUUACUUUUUCGUAAAGCUCAAAGUAGAAAUACUCUACUGCUUUAUUAUCAAGAAGAAGAAUGGAUUAGAACAAUUGAUUGGACAGGCUGCGUAAAUGCUUUUGGAAGAUUUUUAGUCUAUCGAUUAAUUUUUACUGAAAAUCUUGAGGUGAUCCGAAAAUAUUUCAAAAGUUUAUCAAUUCCCGGAAUUAAAUACAUUCCUCAGUGUUUAGUCUCAUGCGAGGAAAUAUCAAAAGAUUCAAGAUUAUAUUUUAAUGGACUUCUUGAAUUGUUACCAUUUAGAAUUUGUUUCAAAUUAGAAUCUCUAAUUUCACACGGAAUAAUCACAUAUCAUGAAAUUAUGGAAAAUAAUAUUGGUGAACGAUUAUCUGAGCUUAUUUGUGAAGAUAAGGAGACAAUAGCUUGGUAUGCACUUAAUCAAAUGACCAUUCAACGUUGGGAUCCAGCUGAUGAUAGAUAUAAUAGAAGACCUGUCGAAAUAUUUGAAAUAGCAGUAAGAAACUUUCGAGGUGAAUUUAACGAAUGGCAUCCUGCCAAUCCAAAUAUGAAGUUAAAAGAUACUAAUCGAUGCGCUUGGGUAAAUCAUGCGACUAUAACUCCCAUCAAAAUCUACUUUGAUGGCCCCGAAUAUGAACCUUCAAAUCGUAUUCUUCGACAAUAUUCGGAAUAUGCUGAUAGAUUUAUUCGUGUUACGUUUAAAGAUGAAAAUUUUAAUAGUUUAUUUAUUAAUAAUGAUGAUGAUGAUAUAUCUAAUUUAAGAAUUGGUGAAAAAUUAAAAAAUGGUUUCACCGUAGCCGGAAGACAAUACGAAUUUCUAGCUUUCUCAUCUUCUCAAUUAAGAGAAAGUUCAUGUUGGUUUGUAUCUGCGGAUCAUGAACUUAAUGCAAAUAUGAUUCGUGAAAAUAUGGGUGAUUUUAGAGCACCUGCAUUGUGUGCUGCUCGGAUGGGCCAAUGCUUUACUAGCACAAUUGGUACCUUAGAGCUUGAUGAGGAUAAUAUAAAAAAUAUUCCAGAUAUUAAACGAAAUGGCUUUACAUUUAGUGAUGGAUGUGGUAAAAUCUCACCUGCCCUUGCCAAAAUUGCAGCUGAACAUUACUUUGGCACACAAAUUGUUGAACUAGAUAAUGAAAUACCAUCCGUCUUUCAGAUUAGAUUCGGAGGUUGUAAGGGAGUUGUAUCUUUCGAUCCAAACUUGCAAGGGAAGAUUUUAUGUCUACGUCCUAGUCAGACAAAAUUUAAUGCACCAGUCUCAACAAAUUUAGAAAUCGUAAGAGCAGUGAGAAAUCCGUUACCAGGACAUUUAAAUAGGCAGUUAAUUACUGUUCUAUCCUCACUUGGCGUUAAAGAUGAUGUUUUUAUCACAUUACAAAACAAAGCAAUAACGGAUAUUGAUUUUAUGAUGCUAGACCCUCAAAGGGCCCAUGAGAUUGUGAAGAGAAGUUCAGGAGUAAAGGAAUGUACUCACGUUACUAAGACUAUCCAUAGUAUGAUUGAAGCGGGGUUAAUGGAUAAUGAGCCCUAUCUAAGGGGAAUUUUGGAAUGCAAGCGGAUAUUUUCAUUGAAGAGUUUAAGAUACAAGGCACGCAUUCCAGUACCAAAAGCAUAUAUGUUAUAUGGCGUUCUUGAUGAAACUGGAAUUCUUGAACCACAACAAAUUUAUGUUCAGACAUCUAAAAUAAAAUCUAAUAAUCGCACCUUUCGUACGGCUAACUCUAAAGUUCGAAGAGAACAUAAAGUGUUAACUGGUCCUACAGUGAUUGCACGAAAUCCAAGCCUACAUCCUGGUGAUAUAAAAAUCGUCUUUGCUGUAGACGUUCCGGAAUUAAGUCACCUCAAAAAUUGUGUUGUAUUCAGUCAAAAAGGAGAACAGCCAUUGCCCAAUUAUGGUGAUGAAUACUUUGUAUGUUUUAAUGAGAGCAUGUUUCCAGAGACUGAUUCUGAACCUAUGAAAUAUAGUUCACCAGAAAGAAAAACUCUAGAUAGAGAUGGACCAAUAGAGAUUUCGGAUAUACACAAAUUCUUUAUAGACUUUAUGAAAAACGAUCGUAUUGGACAAAUUGGAAACUUACAUCUGGCACUAGCAGAUUAUUAUGAAGAGGGUGUAUAUCAUCCAAGUUGUAUAGGAUUAGCAGAAUUGCAUUCAAUGGCGGUCGAUUUUAACAAGACAGGUGUUCCUGUCACAGAUAAAUUACCAAAAUUGGACGAAUAUCCUGAUUUUAUGGAAAGCAAGACCAAGAAAGAAUACAAGUCCCAAAAGAUUCUCGGAAAAUUAUAUAGAAAUAUAAAAUUAAAUCAACCAGAAAAUGAUCCAUUGUUAAAUUAUGAGGGAACAGAUAUAAUUGUAAACAGAGAAUUCCUUGCACAAGGCUAUGAAGAUUAUUUAGAAGAAGCCGAAGUAUGCAGAAACUCAUAUAACAGUGAAAUAUUUAAUCUGAUGAAGAAAUUUAGAGUUAAAACAGAACCGGAGAUAAUAUCGUCAAAUCUUCUUGGUUAUCGCCGAGUAGACGGAAGAAAAAGUCAAGACGUUCGUGAAUCUAUAUCAGGGACAAUUUCUUUUACAAUGCAUAAAUAUCGAAAAUCUUUCUUGAUGGGUAUACAAGAUAAUAUUAAUCAAAAUAUUGACAAUGAUACGUAUAAUGUGCAUAUCCCCAUCAAUAAUGAAACAAAAGCCAAAGCAUCAGCUUGGUAUUAUGUAACAUAUAAUGCAUAUAAUGAUGAUGAAUUUCCAGAUACCCCUGAUGAUAGAAAACUUUUAAGUUUUGCAUGGAUCAUUUCUGAUAUUUUUGAUUGUGUAGAAAAAGAACCAACAAACUCCCUCAAAAAUUAA